UUCAGACAUCUUGAAUCGGCAAAGGGUUGUGGCAGUGAUUCUUGGAGCAUCGGAUAUUACUAUUUAAAUGGCUACAGCGAGUUUUUGUGAUCCAUGCACUGAGGCCAAUUCGUCAGUAUCAGCAACAAAAUAUUGCUCCGACUGUGAAGAGCGACUUUGCCCAGACUGCGCUGAGUCACAUACCCGUUUCAAGGCAUUCAAGUCUCAUCAUGUUAUCGAUUUGUCGUCUGUCGAUUCAAAUAUCCCUAUAUCUGCGAAAAAAAUCUGCAACGUCCAUCCAGAUAUGCUUUUGGAUUACUACUGCAAAGAUCAUGAUAUCGUUUGCUGUAGAGCCUGCAUUCCUAAAGACCACAGGAAAUGUGAAAACGUUCUGCCAUUAGAACAUGCCUCGAAAGAUGUCAAAAAGUCUGCAUUGUUCACCGACAUAAUGGCGGACAUAAAUCAUCUUAUUACAACCUUAAAUGAUUUACACGAUAACAGAGAAUCGAACUUACAAUCUCUGGCGCAAACUAAAUCUGUAAUGACCAAACAGAUCCGUGAAGUCAAAUCUCGAUUAUUGAAACAAAUAGAUGAUCUAGAACGCAAUCUUCAUGCCGAACUGUCAUCUCUCCAACGUAAACACGAGAUCGAAAUCAGUAAACAAAAAGAGGAAAUAUCACAAGUUUUGGACAAAUUAAAAGAAAACGAGAACGAAAUUUAUUUCCUGAAAGAUUAUGGAUCUGAUAGUCAGCUGUUUCUAUGUUUGCAUCAACAAGUAAUAAAUAGUCAAAGUGCCGAAGAGAAAGUUCAGAAGCUUGUAUCCAGGUCACAAGAAAUCAAUAUAACAUUCGAUGAAAAGAAAGUUAUAACGAUUGACUCUUUCGGAUCACUGUUAGAGACUUUAAACUCGUGUCAAGUUCAAUACAUAACAAAGAAACUUCAGCAGGCCCAGAUCAAGGUAGAAGCAACAAAAACGAUAUUUGGAUUCGAAAAGGAUACGGAAUUAAAACUUAAAACUGGGAUUACAUAUGUUCUUAGAGAUUUAGCAAUCACAGAUGAUAAUAAGCUGCUCCUUACAAAUCAUUCAUUAUCAGAUCCGAAACUCUAUGUCUAUAGAGACUGUAAAGAUUAUGAAACCGAAAUAACCUUUUCCGCUGCUCUAUUUGGUGUUGCUGUGAUACCUGGUACUGACUGUGCUAUUGUUACACUUCCUGCCGAAAACUCUAUUCAAUUCAUAAAGACUAAACAGAUGACAACGAGCGACAAAGUUAACGUUGGAUUAAGAUGUUUCGGUAUCACUGCUAGCCGCGAUCGAAUUUACAUUAGUGGUCAAGGUGGUAUUAUCAAAACAUUAGACAUCAAUGGAACCGUUCUAAAAUAUAUGCAACAAACAUCCGAAAAUCUUUACUUCAUGCUAUACGAUGAUAGUCAUGACCACUUGAUAGUUCGAUAUAACAACAAACUACUUUGUAUCAAAUUAGAUGGAACUCAUGUAUACAGUAAGGACACUUCAUCGGUAACAGGAGUAAUUCUUGAUAGACAAGGUUAUGUUUAUUUCGGGGGCUAUUACACACACAACAUACAGAGAAUGUCUUCAGAUUGGACAAAAUGCGAGACAAUGCUGAACCGAGACGAUGAAAUUGACCAUCCUUAUGGAAUGUGUUUAAACAAUGACUUCACAAAACUGUUUGUUAUUAAUAACGGUUGUAAAUCUGUAUUUGUGUAUAAAUGCAAAACAUUGACAAAUGAAUAACGAACUCGUGAAUCUAUACAUUUCUUGUUUGUUAUAAUAGAUGAAUAAAACUAAAUUGUUUAGUA